GUAACUUCAACGUUAAACAAAAGUGAAGCCUGCAUGUUGAUUGACUGACAAAAAUAUUUCCUUCGAAUUUGAAAUUUAAAAUUUAAUUAAACUACACUUCUUCCAAAUAAAUUAGUAACUCCACCCCCAUUGUUGCACUCACCCACAAAACAAGAUGUCUAUGUCCAAGACAACAAACACGUACAACCGACAAAAUUGGGAAGACUCGGACUUCCCCUUGUUGUGCGAAACGUGUUUGGGCGACAACCCCUAUGUCCGAAUGACGAAGGAUCGUUUUGGUCAAGAAUGUAAAAUUUGCAACCGGCCUUUCACAAUUUUUCGAUGGUGUCCCGGAGCAAAAAUGCGUUUCAAGAAAACAGAAGUUUGUCAAACAUGUGCAAAAUUGAAGAACGUUUGUCAAACAUGUUUGUUGGAUUUGGAGUAUGGAUUGCCGACUCAAGUUCGAGAUAAUGCUCUCAAAGUUCGAGAUGCGUUGCCCAGGAGCGAUGUCAAUAAGGAAUAUUAUCUUCAAAAUGUGGAGUCCUCCUCAACGGACAACACGGUGGCGUUGGGCGAGGUUGGCAAGGCAACGGCGCCGUCUGACUUAUUAAUGAAAUUAGCACGAACUACGCCGUAUUAUAAAAGAAAUCGGCCACACGUUUGCUCCUUUUGGGUUAAAGGUGAAUGCAGCAGAGGAGAAGAAUGUCCUUACCGUCACGAAAAGCCAACGGACCCAGACGAUCCAUUGUCCGAUCAAAAUAUUCGAGAUCGUUACUAUGGUUCCAAUGAUCCCGUGGCGGACAAAUUGUUGCGAAGAGCAACGGCGCUACCGACAUUGACUCCGCCGGAGGAUAAAUCCAUUACUACCCUGUACAUUGGAAAUACUGGAGAAUUUAUGACUGAACAGGACUUGAGGGAUCAUUUCUAUCAGUUUGGAGAAAUCCGAAGUAUAUCCAUGGUUGCUAAGCAACAGUGUGCAUUUGUACAAUUUACAAAGCGUGAAAGUGCAGAGUUAGCGAGUGAAAAAAGUUUUAAUAAAUUGAUUUUACUUGGACGACGGUUAACAGUGCGUUGGGGUCGUGGGGGCGGUAAAAAAGAUAGCGAUCCAACAGGUGCGGGAGGGAGUAAACUUGUGGGUGUGCCAGGAUUACCAGAUUUCACUGGGGCCGUUGGUGGGAGUGGUUUGGGUGGAUUUUUUACCGGAAAUUUAGCACCAGAUGUUAUGGCACCACCGGGAGUGGUGUAUUAUCCUAGUAUGGAUCCAACCAGGAUGGGUGGGGGUGGCGGAGAGUAAUAAUUACCAUAGUUAAACUAUUUUUAUAAUGAUUAUUCUUGUUUUUUUUAAUAAACAUUAAUUUACAAAUUGAUUGUCAUGUAAA